GCUAGUCAACUCUUGGCGCGAGCUCAAACUGAGCCGAAUUAACCGCGACUCGGACGGCGUUUAUCGUCCUCGCGGACAGCGAAAUAAGCCAUGAAACGUUUUUUCGAGCUUCUUUUAUUCGAGAAAGCAGUCGCGACUGAUCGGUUUCUUUAAUCGCGAUCGUUUAGCCGAGCCGGUAGACGCAGAGACGGAAGUGCCGGUUUGCGGCUAGAGCGAAUUGUUCUGGAAGCUUCUAGAAGGUUCUGGAAGGUUCGAGACGCGGUGCACGAGGCCGUAUAUAAAGUCGUUUGCCGACCGGCGCGCCGCAUAAGAACGAGUACCACCGAGAGUUGCGUCCCGUGCUGGUGAUUGAAAGCAUUUUUACUCAUCGUGAUCCUGCUUGAUUGACGUUUUUUUACAAUAACUUAGAAAGAUGGUUGACGCUAAGACUGACAAAAUGGAGACUGCAGGAGGAGAGGUUGAGACCUUUGCUUUCCAAGCUGAAAUCGCCCAGUUGAUGUCCCUCAUCAUCAACACUUUCUACUCGAACAAAGAAAUCUUCCUCCGAGAAUUGAUUUCCAACUCCAGUGAUGCCCUGGACAAGAUCCGUUACGAAUCUUUGACAGACCCCACAAAGUUGGAGGCUUGCAAGGACCUCUACAUCAAGAUUAUUCCCAACAAGAAUGACCGCACACUGACCAUCAUCGACACUGGUAUUGGUAUGACCAAAGCCGAUUUGGUUAACAACCUUGGAACCAUCGCCAAGUCCGGAACUAAGGCCUUCAUGGAGGCUCUCCAGGCUGGUGCUGACAUUUCUAUGAUUGGUCAGUUUGGUGUUGGUUUCUACUCGGCCUACCUCGUUGCUGACAAAGUCGUUGUUGUGUCGAAGCACAAUGAUGACGAGCAGUACGUUUGGGAAUCCAGCGCCGGAGGAUCUUUCACUGUCAAGGUAGACAAUGGUGAGCCUCUUGGACGUGGAACCAAGAUCAUCCUCCACUUCAAGGAAGACCAAUCCGAGUAUUUGGAGGAAAGCAAGAUCAAGGAAAUCGUCAAGAAGCACUCCCAGUUCAUUGGCUACCCCAUCAAACUUGUAGUACAAAAGGAGCGUGAGAAGGAACUCAGCGACGACGAAGCUGAGGCUGAGGAGGAGAAGAAGGAAGAAGAUGAUGGAAAGCCCAAGGUUGAGGAUGUCGGCGAAGAUGAGGAGGAAGACACUGACAAGGAAAAGAAGAAGAAGAAGAAGACCAUCAAAGAAAAGUAUGAAGAAGAUGAGGAACUCAACAAGACUAAGCCUAUUUGGACCAGAAAUGCUGACGACAUCACCCAGGAAGAGUACGGUGAAUUUUACAAGUCGUUGACCAACGACUGGGAAGACCACCUGGCUGUAAAGCACUUCUCUGUAGAAGGUCAAUUGGAGUUCAGAGCUCUUCUGUUCGCGCCAAGGCGUAUGCCCUUCGAUCUCUUUGAGAACAAGAAGAGGAAGAACAACAUCAAGUUGUACGUACGUCGUGUCUUCAUCAUGGACAACUGCGAAGAGUUGAUCCCCGAGUACUUGAACUUCAUGAAGGGAGUCGUCGACAGCGAAGAUCUUCCUCUGAACAUUUCUCGUGAGAUGUUGCAGCAGAACAAGAUCCUUAAGGUCAUCAGGAAGAACUUGGUCAAGAAAUGUCUGGAACUUUUCGAAGAACUCACCGAAGACAAAGAGUCCUACAAGAAGUUCUAUGAACAAUUCAGCAAGAACAUCAAGCUUGGAAUCCACGAAGACAGCGCCAACCGCAGCAAGCUGGCCGAUUUGCUCCGUUACCACACGUCCGCUUCCGGUGAUGAGGCGUGCUCCCUCAAGGACUACGUUGGUAGGAUGAAGGAGAACCAGAAGCACAUCUACUACAUCACUGGUGAAAGCAAGGAGCAGGUAGCCAACAGCUCGUUCGUCGAGCGAGUAAAGAAGCGUGGUUUCGAGGUCGUCUACAUGACCGAGCCCAUCGAUGAGUACGUCGUUCAGCAAAUGAAAGAAUACGACGGAAAGCAGCUGGUCUCUGUCACCAAGGAGGGCUUGGAGCUGCCUGAAGACGAAGAAGAGAAGAAGAAGCACGAGGAAGACAAGUCCAAGUUCGAGAACCUCUGCAAGGUCAUGAAGAACAUCCUGGACAACAAGGUCGAGAAGGUUCUGGUAUCCAACCGUCUUGUUGACUCUCCAUGCUGUAUUGUCACCUCUCAGUACGGCUGGACCGCCAACAUGGAAAGGAUCAUGAAGGCUCAGGCUCUCCGUGAUGCUUCCACCAUGGGUUACAUGGCAGCCAAGAAGCACCUCGAGAUCAACCCUGACCACCCAGUCAUUGAUACUCUGAGGGAGAAGGCUGAGGCUGACAAGAACGACAAGUCUGUGAAAGACUUGGUCGUUCUCCUGUUCGAGACUGCCCUCUUGUCGUCUGGUUUCAGUCUGGACGAGCCCCAGGUUCAUGCCGCCCGCAUUUACAGAAUGGUCAAGCUUGGACUUGGAAUCGACGAGGAAGAGCCUGUCCCCGAAGAAACCAAAGUCGCCGAGGAGGUGCCGCCCCUGGAGGGUGGUGAGGAUGAUGCGUCGCGCAUGGAGGAAGUCGAUUAAGAAACUCGUUACUUGUACAACAUGUAAUAUAAUGUUCGAAAUUUCUAGGAAAAAACAAAGAAGCCACGUUUUAUGUGGCACACGCGUGUGCAUCCCUCCUGACACUACUGUAUUAUAAAAAAUUGUCAUUGUUGUUAGGAUUCUUAUUUUAAUUAUAAUUUAAUUAUAAAUCAUUCCUACGUAAGAUAAGCCACCAAAACACCAAAUACAUAUUUCAUUUUCAAUUAGUUUAAUAAUUAAUAAAGAAAAGCCAUCUUUUAAUCAUAAA